CGGAAGAUGAUGAUCCUUUGUCUUGAACCAUGACCACAACUACGACUUUCACCCGCAAUGACAUCGAGAUCGCGACAAGGGCAGCGGACGCGUUUACGCGUUUAUACUACACCACAUAUGACUCCCCUACAAGGGUGGAUGAUCUCCCCAAGUUUUAUCGCUCCUCAUCGACCUUGACGUGGAACGGAAAUCCAUGUCAGGGUGCUGAGGGUGUGAAAAAACUCAUUCAAGAUAUGCCGAGUACCAGGCAUGAAGUUCAGUCCUACGAUUGCCACCCCAUACCAGGCUCUCAGCCCCCCUCACUUCUUGUUACGGUCUCUGGAAACGUCACUCAUGGACGCGGUCCUGCUGGCAAUCCAGUAUCCACUCCAAUUAAGUCUGUCGAUGGACAGGCUAGAGUCUUCUUCCAAUCAUUCAUGUUGGUACCCGAUCCAACAGCACCAGUGGUGAAGGCGGGAGAGGUUGCGAAGUACUAUGUAGAUGCUGAUGCCAUGCGAUUUGUGGGCUAAUGCUCUUGUCAACGCAAAUAUACAAUUUUCAAGACUUUCAUUUUCUGUCGGAUAUCGUGGAUCAUCUGGACAUCAAGUGGAUAAGUCAUUGCGCGGU